CCAUCUCUCUGUCUCUCUCUCUCUCUCUCUCUCUCUCUGAGAUAGAUACAUAAAUGGCUUCUCAUUCCAGGAACAAAUCGUCGGCAAGAACAUUGAUGGCCAUAGCCGACGGAGCUUCAUGGGUAUGCGCAUCCGUUCUCGUUGCACUAAUCUUACUACUUAUCGCCGGCGGGGACGAGCCAGUACUGAAAGGAAGCCAGCUGUUGGAGCGGCCGUGCGACGAGAUAUACGUGGUCGGAGAAGGUGAGACGCUGCAGACGAUCGGCGGCAAGUGCGAAGACCCCUUCAUCGUGGAGCGGAACCCCCAUAUCCACGAUCCCGACGAUGUUUUCCCGGGCCUCGUCAUCAAGAUCACUCCCUCGAACCUAUCUUAAUUUGCUUUAAUGGUGGUUAAUUUCUGAAUUUCCCCUUCCUUCUCUUAUCGUGUGAAUGGAUGAAUAUGUCGUAAUCUGAGAAGAUUACAAGUUCUCAUAGGAAUUGCCAAAGAUGAAAUAUCCUUAAAAUGAUGGCUUACGUUC